CGGAGCGGCGCGGCGGGCGGCCGAGCCGGGCGAUGCGGCGGCUGGUGCUGGUGGCGGCGCUGCUGGCCGGCGCGCCCUGGCCAGAAGUCUGUGAAGCUCUGAACGUGACCAUCUCGCCUGGACCCAAAGUGCAGUAUGUGGUUGGAGAAAAUGCAACCCUAUUUUGCCACGUUUCUCAAAAGAGAAGAACCGAGAGCCUGAUAGCUGUCCGUUGGGUUUUUGCCCUCCCACCUGCUCAAGAGUAUCUAAUGAUCAAAAUGACUAAAUAUGGGGUAGUCCAGUACUAUGGAAACUACACGCGUCACUUCUAUAAGCAGAGGUUGCUUCUAUUCGAGGAAAGACAUAGAACAAUGUACAAAUUUUUAAUCCUGAAUCUCCAACAAACAGAUCAGGGACACUAUAUCUGCAAAGUCCAGGAGAUCGGCAAACACAGGAGCAAGUGGACAGCGUGGUCUAAUGGGAGUGCAUCGACUGAAAUCCGAGUGAUUUCCUCUAAAGGUUCAGAUGACUCCACUGAUGGGAAGAACCAUAAAGCCUGGAAAUUUUUUGAAGACAUGUAUGUCUAUGCUGUGUUUGUGUGCUCUAUAGGCAUAGUCAGUGUUCUCCUUUUCACUUCGGUCAUCCUCUGCCAGACCUUAAUCAACAAGAAACGCUCCAAAGUAAAACAUUACUUGGUGAAGUGUUCCCAGAACAGCUUAGGGGAGACCGGCAACGGCGUGACCGGCUUGUCUCCAGCAGAGCCAAUCAAACUCAAAAGGAAGAAGGAAAUAGCUGAGCAGCCUCCUGCCAUCCCAGCCAAAGCACCAAUAUCUAACACUUUCCCAAAGCCUAAGCUUCUGAAACCACAACGGAAAGUCUUGCUGCCUAAAAUUGCGGAGGAGAAUUUGACCUACGCUGAACUGGAACUCAUCAAACCUUACCAGAAAGAAAAAGGCCUUCCUACCAUGACUGUCUAUGCUCAGAUUCUGUUUGAGGAGAACAAGAUGUAAUGCCUGUUCAGGUCAGGUCCUGUGUGCCAGGGCAUAUUUAAUUCUUCCUGUGUAACAUAUUUAUAGAAGUGUCCUUUUCUUCCCAUACCUGGUCUGUUUUUAUAAGAUUCUCUUAAAAAUGUGUAUAAAAAGAAUUUGGGUGGUGCCCAGCAAGAGACUCGGCUUUGUACUUUGAGCUGGGGCUUGAUUAACCCUGUGAUGUUUCACCACU